AACGGCGCCCUGCUAUCUGCAGCCGAGUUCAAUUGGGGUUGAACGGGCAUCAUGUAGGCCAAUCCGGGAGUGAAACCCAGGACCGUAAGCCUGCUGCCUGAGGUUACCUUUCAUUUUUGUUCUUGGAUGUAUUUAGAUGAGCUCAAGAUGAUCUCAUUAAUCUGUUUCGCGAUGCUUCUUCCUGAAGUGGCUCACUCUGCUCAGGGUCAUUAUGCCCAGAAGCUCCUGAAUGAUUUGAUGGAGAAUUACUCCAGUGCCCUGCGGCCAGUGGAGGACACAGACAGAGCCCUCAACGUUACCUUACAGAUCACCCUCUCUCAGAUCAAAGACAUGGAUGAAAGGAACCAGGUGCUGAUCGCCUACCUGUGGAUCAGGCAGACGUGGCACGAUGCUUAUCUGAAGUGGAAUAAAGAGGACUACGACGGCCUGGAUGUCAUCCACAUCCCCAGCAGCCUGGUGUGGAGGCCCGACCUUGUCCUCUAUAACAAAGCUGACGAUGACUUCUCAGGGCCGAUGGACACCAAUGUGAAACUGCGCUACAAUGGAGAGAUAACCUGGGACGCUCCCGCCAUCACCAAGAGCUCCUGUGUCGUGGACGUCUCCUACUUCCCCUUCGACAGCCAGGAAUGUAACCUCACCUUUGGCUCCUGGACCUACAAUGGCAACCAGGUUGACAUCAUUAUGGGCAUGGACAGCGGUGACCUGUCAGACUUUGUGGAAAAUGUAGAGUGGGAGUGCCACGGGAUGCCAGCCACCAAGAAUGUCAUAAUGUACGGCUGUUGCUCCGACCCGUAUCCAGACAUCACCUACACAGUGCUCCUGCAGCGCCGCUCCUCCUUUUACAUCUUCAACCUCCUCCUCCCCUGCUUCCUCAUCUCCUUCUUGGCUCCUUUGGGUUUCUACCUGCCUGCAGACUCCGGGGAGAAGGUUUCCCUCGGGGUGACGGUUCUUCUGGCUCUGACUGUGUUUCAACUAAUGGUGGCUGAGAGCAUGCCCCCCUCAGAGAGUGUGCCCCUUAUAGGGAAGUACUACAUUGCCACCAUGACCAUGGUCACUGCCUCCACAUCGCUCACUAUCUUCAUCAUGAACAUUCACUUCUGUGGUGCGGAGGCCAAACCAGUUCCACACUGGGCUAAAGUCCUCAUCAUCGACUACAUGUCCAAGAUUUUCUGUGUUUACGAAGUGGGCGAGAACUGUGCAUCUGCGUCCUCGUCUUCUUCUCACUCCACCCAGGAUGAAUUCCGUCACCAGCAAAUCAACUCUCACAAUUAUGCGAAUGGUAAACCUGGGAAACACAGCAACCGAGAGGACCGGCACAGUCACAGAUACCCCAGACCUCAGACUCCCAAACCGCAACAGCAACACAGAGUGAGAGUCCAGCACCACAUCACCAGAGAGGAGAACAGCCACCUCUCCAGUUUUGCACCUGGAAAGUAUGAAAGCGUUAAUGGUAAAAUCCCUAUGAGUGACUACUUUAAAGAGGACCAGAAGGUGCCGUGUUAUCCUGAGGACCACAAGAUUCCCUGCUGCCCUGAAGACAAAAAGCCUCCACCUCAAGGCCCCACUGUCACAUUCGGCCCCUGUGUGUUCUGCAGCCAUGGCAGUGGCAUCCCUGGUGUGGACACCAAACUGGUGCGCAAUGUUGAGUAUAUUGCAAACUGUUUUAGAGAGCAGAGGGCCACAUGCGCCAAAGGGGCGGAAUGGAAGAAGAUAGCUAAGGUGAUGGACAGGUUCUUCAUGUGGAUUUUCUUCAUCAUGGUUUUCCUCAUGAGCAUCCUCAUCAUUGGAAAGGCACCGUGAAAAAGCAGUGAUGCUACAGAUUUUUUAACAAUAUUUGACUCAGUGAACACUUUUUGGUCAAAUGCAAAAAGUCAAAAGGUGUAUUUUCAUUUUUUUUUAAAUAAACAUUGAAACAUACUGUAUAUGAACUUUAUCUGUCGAUCUUACUAUAUUGUAGAUUACA